AUGGCCCCGUGGCUGCAGCUGUGCUCCGUCUUCUUCACUGUCAACGCGUGCCUCAACGGCUCGCAGCUGGCCGUGGCGGCGGGCGGCUCGGGUCGCGCGAGGGGCGCCGACACCUGCGGCUGGAGGGGAGUGGGGUCCGCCAGCAGAAACAGUGGGCUGCACAACAUCACCUUCAGAUAUGACAACUGUACUACCUACAUGAAUCCAUUGGGGAAGCAUGCGAUUGCUGAUGCCCAGAACAUCACAAUCAGCCAGUACGCUUGCCACGACCAAGUAGCAGUCACCAUUCUUUGGUCCCCAGGGGCCCUAGGCAUCGAAUUCCUAAAAGGAUUUCGAGUAAUACUGGAGGAACUGAAGUCUGAAGGAAGACAGUGCCAACAACUGAUUCUAAAGGACCCCAAGCAGCUGGAUAGUAGCUUAAAAAGAACUGGAAUGGAAUCUCAACCUUUUCUCAACAUGAAAUUUGAAACGGAUUACUUUGUAAAGAUUGUCCCUUUCCCUUCCAUCAAAAAUGAAAGCAAUUAUCACCCCUUCUUCUUCAGGACCAGAGCCUGUGAGCUAUUGUUACAACCAGACAACCUGGCCUGUAAACCCUUCUGGAAGCCUCGGAACCUGAACAUCACCCAGCAUGGUUCAGAUAUGCAGGUGUCCUUCGACCCUGCUCCACACAGCUUUGGCUUUCAUUUCUUCUACCUUCAUUACAAGCUCAAGCAUGAAGGACCUUUCAGGAGAAAGACUUGUAAGCAGGAACAAAACACUGAAACAACCAGCUGCCUCCUUCAAAACAUUUCUCCUGGGGAUUAUAUAAUGGAGCUGGUGGAUGAUACUAAUAUAACAAGAAAAGUGAUGCAUUAUGCCUUAAAACCAGUGCAUUCCCCAUGGGCUGGGCCCAUCAGAGCAGUGGCCAUUACUGUGCCACUGGUGGUCAUAUCUGCAUUUGCAACGCUCUUCACUGUGAUGUGCCGCAAGAAGCAACAAGAAAAUAUAUACUCACACUUAGAUGAAGAGAGCUCUGAGUCCUCCACAUACACUGCAGCACUCCCCAGGGAGAGGCUUCGGCCACGGCCCAAGGUCUUCCUCUGCUACUCCAGCAAAGAUGGCCAGAAUCACGUGAAUGUCAUCCAGUGCUUCGCCUACUUUCUCCAGGACUUCUGUGGCUGUGAGGUGGCUCUGGACCUUUGGGAAGACUUCAGCCUUUGUAGGGAAGGGCAGAAAGAAUGGGUCCUUCAGAAGAUCCACGAGUCCCAGUUCAUCAUUGUGGUGUGUUCCAAAGGCAUGAAGUACUUUGUGGACAAGAGAAACUACAAACACAGAGGAAGCAGCCGAAGCUCGGGGAAAGGGGAGCUCUUCCUGGUGGCCAUGUCCGCUAUUGUGGAAAAGCUCCACCAGGCCAAGCAGAGUUCGUCCACAGCACUCAGCAAAGUCAUCGCUGUCUACUUUGAUUACUCCUGUGAAGGGGAUGUCCCCUGCGUCCUGGACCCGAGCUCCAAGUACAAACUCAUGGACAACCUUCCCCAGCUCUGCUCCCACCUGCACUCCGCAGAUCCCCGGCUCCAGGAGCCGGGCUCCCAUCCAGGGCACGGAAGUAGAAGGAACUACUUCCGGAGCAAGUCAGGCCGCUCUCUGUACGUUGCCAUUUGCAACAUGCACCGGUUUAUGGAUGAGGAGCCUGACUGGUUCGAGAAGCAGCUAGUACCCGUCCCUCUUCCUUCGCUGUGCCGCCGGGAGCCGGUUCUGGAGAAGUUUGACUCGGGCCUAGUUCUAAAUGAUGUCGUUUUCAAACCUGGACGGGAGAGCGAUUUCUGCUUGAAGGCCAAGGUGGCAGCCCCGGGGGCCGCUGCGCCCGCGGACCCGGAGAGCCAGGCCGCGGGCCUGGACGGGGCCGCCGGGGCCGGGGCCGGGGCCGCCUGCGAUGGCGGCUGUGCCCUCUCACCCCUGCUGCAUGCUGUGAAGGCCGGCAGCACCUCGGACAUGCCACGGGACUCGGGCAUCUAUGACUCCUCCGUGCCCUCGUCUGAGCUGUCUCUGCCUCUAAUGGAGGGACUCUCUUCAGACCAGACAGAGACGUCUUCCCUGACCGAGAGCGUGUCCUCCUCCUCAGGCCUGGGUGAGGAAGAUCCUCCUACUCUUCCUUCCAAGCUUCUUACCUCUGGGGUAUGCAAAGCAGAACUUGGUUGCUACAGCUACACUGAUGAACUCCACACAGUUGCUCCAUUGUAAUGAAGUGGAAGAGUCUAAGCAUUGCCACU